CACCAACAACCCAAGCCGAUCCUUUUAUCUAAGAAAGUCGGCCUCCCUCUGCCGUGAUCCUUCUCCGACCACGUAUGGCCGAUAGCCUCUGUCUCGAUUGCCUGAAAUGAGGCGCACGGCGUCCCGGGCACUGAGGAGCGCUCGCUGCAGCCUUCAACAGUCAAAAUGGUCUGUCAAUGUCAAUAGAGCUGCAAUUGGGUCAACAAUCGCAAGUGUAAACCCAAGCUUGAGCUUGUCACCGCCACGGUGCUCAAACCUGCAAUUCCGAAACUUUUCUGCCACAGCACGGUUACGAAAUGAAGAAGAUAGACAAUGGUCGACUCCUCUGGCCAAGCAACUGGCCGAAGCCAUCGCGGCAACCGGCCCCAUACCGCUGGCCAGCUAUAUGCGCAUGUGCCUGACUGCUGACAUCGGUGGCUACUACACAGGCGCCAUCGAGGAGGGCCGCGACCAGUUCGGAGUCAAGGGCGACUUCAUCACGGCGCCCGAGAUCUCACAGGUCUUCGGCGAGCUGUGCGGCAUCUGGUUCCUGACCGAAUGGCUCGCCCAGAACAGCCCGAGCAAGGGUGUCGAAUUGAUCGAGGUCGGCCCCGGCCGCGGCACCCUGAUGGACGACAUGUUGCGGACCAUCCAGGUCUGCCACCCGCCCAUGGCGAACAGCAUCGACGUCAUCUACAUGGUUGAGGCCAGCCCGGAGCUCCGCCUGGCACAGAAAAACCUCCUCUGCGGAGAGAAUGCCCCCAUGACCGAGUCCAAGGUCGGCUAUCACAGCGUGUGCAAGUACAACGCAGUGCCCAUUGUCUGGACCGAGACCAUCAAGUCGAUUCCGAUUGCCCCGGAAAAUACCCCGUUCAUAAUGGCGCACGAGUUCUUCGACGCCCUCCCGAUCCACGCCUUCCAGUGCGUCUCCGUCCCGCCAUCCCCAUCCACCGACAACUCCUCGCCAUCGACCCAAACCACCCACGCAACCCUACAAUGGCGCGAACUCCUCGUCUCCCCGACGCCACCAGGAUCCACCCACGACACGCUCAAAACCCCGCCUUCCCAAUCCCGCGACACCCCUCCCCCAGAUUUCCAACUAACCCUCUCCCCCACCCCAACCCGCCACUCCCUGUACCUCCCGGACUCAUCAGCCCGCUACCGCGCCAUCAAGACCACCACCGGCGCCGGCGCCGUAAUCGAAGUCUGCCCGGACGCGUCGCUCUACGCAGGCGAUUUCGCCGUGCGCAUCGGCGGCUCGCCACAGCACCCCAAACCCUCCCCGCGCGGCGCGGCGUUAAUCAUCGACUACGGCCCCGGGGACGGCUCGGUGCCCGUCAACUCGCUGCGGGGGAUCCGGCGGCACCGGCGCGUGUCGCCGUUCGCUGAGCCGGGCUUAACCGACCUCAGCGCCGACGUGGAUUUCAAGGCCAUCGCUGAGGCGGCAUGCCGCGCGAGUGAUGGGGUGGAAGUGCACGGUCCCGUCCAGCAGGCGUUUUUCCUGACUGCGUUGGGGAUUAGGGAGAGGGUGGAGGCGCUGAAACGGGCGGUUGGUGGUACUACUACUACUACUACUGGUGAGGGUGGGAAAGAAGGAGGAGAGGAGGAUGCGGAACAGAGGAGGAAAAGCAUUGAGCUUGCUUGUGACAGGUUGGUGAAUCGCAUGCCUGGUGGCAUGGGCACGGUGUACAAGGUGCUGGCCAUCAUCCCUGAAAAGGGAGGCGAAAGGAGACCGGUUGGGUUCGGCGGGGAUGUUGUCAAUUAAUUAAAGGGGAUUGGGGCGGGCAUGAUACACGAAGGAAUUUUGGAUGUUACGACUGGUUUCUGGGGUUCUACUGAACCCGUAGGAGUGCUGGUUGUGUCACUUGUGUGUAAAAAAUAUGAUUGCGUAUAUGGUGCGCCUUGUAUAG